AUGAGGAGGGACAACCUGACCUGGGAAAGUGAGUUUGUCCUCCUGGGGCUCUCCAGUGACAGGCACACCCAGGCUGGACUGUUUGUCCUAUUUGGGGCCGUCUAUCUGCUGACCCUGCUGGGCAAUGGGCUCAUCAUCCUCCUGAUCGGACUGGAUGCACGACUGCACCUGCCUAUGUACUUCUUCCUCUGCAACCUCUCGGUGGUAGACAUUUGCUACACCUCUAGCGGCGUCCCCCAGAUGCUGGUGCACUUCCUGCUGGAAAAGAAGACCAUCUCCUUCACCCGGUGUGGGACCCAACUCUUCUUCUCACUGGCCCUGGGGGGUACUGAGUUCUUGCUGCUGGCUGCUAUGGCCUAUGACCGCUAUAUGGCUAUCUGUGACCCCUUGCGCUAUGUGGCAGUGAUGAGCCCAAGGUGCUGCAUUGGGCUGGCAGCUGUCUCUUGGUUUGUAGGCGUGGUGAAUUCUAUGGUGGAGACAGUGGUCACCAUGCGCCUGCCUACCUGUGGACAUCACGUGCUGAACCAUGUGGCCUGUGAGACACUAGCAUUCGUCCGCUUGGCCUGCGUUGACAUCACCCUCAACCAGGUGGUCAUAUUGGCCUCCAGUGUGGUGGUGCUGCUGGUGCCCUGCUGCCUGGUCUCACUGUCCUAUGCCUACAUUGCGGCAGCCAUUCUACGGAUCCACUCUACUGGGGGACGCCGCAAAGCCUUUGGGACCUGUGCCUCCCACCUCACUGUGGUUUCCAUGUCUUAUGGGAUGGCCCUGGUUACCUACAUGCAGCCCUACUCCACAGCCUCGGCUGAGCAGGACAAGGUGGUGGUGCUCUUCUAUGGUGUGGUGACCCCCAUGCUGAAUCCACUCAUCUACAGUUUACGGAACAAAGAGAUGAAGGCUGCCUUGAGUCGAGUUCUGAGGAGCAGUUCUGAAUCAAAACUUUAG